UCCCGCGCCGGCGGCAGCGGCGGCGGCCGGGGAGCGGAGGCAGCGGCAGCGAGGGCGCGGCAUGGCUCGGCGGGGCCGGGCGCACACCCUGCAGGUGGUGGACACCGAGUACAGCGCGGACGCGGUGGAGUGGUGCCCCGUGCCCGGCUGGCACAGCGCCCUGGUCUGCGGCACCUACCAGCUCAGGAAGCCCGGCAGCAAGCCUGGCAUAAGCUCCACUGAGAGUGAUGAGCCUCACACCCGGCUGGGCCGCCUCUACCUGUAUCACUACAAUGAGGAACAGCCCUUCAUCCCACUGACUGAAAUUCAGAGGAUUGAAACUGCUGCCAUUCUUGAUCUCAAAUGGUGCCAUGUCCCUAUUGCAGAAUAUCCUGUGCUGGGUGUUGCAAAUGCCAAAGGCGCUGUGGAGCUCUGCUGCUUGGCUGGAAGUGAGAAAAACAGCUGCAUGUUGGAGCCAGUCUGCAGUGUCGACCUCGGAGCACAAUGCCUUGCCUUAUCUCUGGACUGGUCCACAGGACGAGAGGAGUGUUCUAGCGGGCACCCACUGAGGGUGAUCAGCAGUGAUUCAAAGGGGAAGCUCAAUCUACUGUCAGUAGAUGAAUCUGCUCCUUCUGUGCAUGUCCUCAGUCAGUGGAAGGCUCACGACUUUGAGGCCUGGAUUGCUGCUUUCAAUUACUGGGACACAGAAAUCGUGUAUUCAGGUGGGGAUGACUGCUUGCUGAGGGGUUGGGACAUCAGGUGCAGCCCAGAGAUGCCCAUCUUCACCAGUGAGAGGCAUUCAAUGGGUGUCUGCAGCAUUCAGUGUAAUCCUCACAGGGAGAAUCUUCUGGCUACAGGAAGCUAUGACGAGCACAUUCUCCUGUGGGACACCAGAAACAUGAAGCAGCCAUUGGCAGACACCCAUGUUCAGGGGGGAGUUUGGAGGCUGAAGUGGCACCCAGCGUGUGAGCAUUUACUGCUGGCAGCCUGCAUGCAUAAUGGAUUCAAAAUCCUUGACUGUCAAAGAAGCUUGGACAUGGAUGACGAGAACAGCAGCAACAGCAUUGAGGCUAGACUUCCUAUAGGCAUAGAUCUACGAACACGAGUUCUUCAGUUUGUAGAAGACCAAAUGCAGACCACUAUGCUGACUGGAAUAGUGAUUGGAGCUGCAGUCGCAUUGUUCCUUAUAGGGAUUGUCGUGUUUGUUGUUUACAGAAAAGUGAAGCAAUCUAGGCAACAUCAACCCCAUGUACCUCAGUACCGAUUUCGCAAGAGAGACAAAGUAAUGUUCUAUGGACGGAAAAUCAUGAGAAAGGUUACCACUCUCCCGAACACACUAGUUGGGAACACAGUGCCUCGCCAGCGGAUGCGGAAAAGGGCAAAAGUUCUGUUUUUGGCAAAAAGGAUUCUGCGUUUUAAAAAGGAGUCUCCAACUUUGCAGCCAAAGGAGCCGCCUCCUUCCCUGUUAGAAGCAGAUCUAACUGAAUUUGAUGUGAAGAAUUCUCAUUUGCCAUCUGAAGUUCUUUAUAUGCUUAAAAAUGUCAGGGUUCUUGGUCACUUUGAAAAGCCUCUCUUCCUGGAACUGUGCAAGCACAUGUUUUUUCUGCAGUUGCAUGAAGGAGAAUACAUCUUCCGUCCAGGGCAGUUGGAUAACAGCAUCUACGUUGUACAGGAUGGCAAGCUGGAAGUUUGCAUUCAAGAAAAUGAUGGCACCGAAGUGGUUGUUAAGGAAGUGCUGGCAGGAGAUAGUGUCCAUAGCCUCCUCAGCAUUCUUGAUGUUAUCACAGGUCACCCUGCUCCGUAUAAAACGGUUUCAGCCCGAGCAGCAAUACCAUCUACUAUAUUGCGACUUCCCGCCAGUGCCUUUCAAGAUGUCUUCCAGAAAUACCCUGAAACUCUUGUGAGAGUGGUGCAGAUCAUCAUGGUGAGGCUCCAGAGAGUGACAUUCCUAGCUCUGCACAACUAUCUUGGCCUGACCACAGAGCUCUUCAACUGUGAGAACCAAGCCAUCCCAUUGGUAUCAGUGGCAAGUGUAACAUCUGGAGGAAGUUCAAACAGAGUGAUGAAAAGACAGAUGUCUAUUGUAUCAGAGGAGGAACGUGGAGAGAAGCUGGAGAAAGGAGGGGAUACCUUAGAAAUGGCAGCAGAAACACCAAAGACUUCUAGUACCGAAAAUUCAGAGCUCCUUCUCAGAAGAAGUCUUUCUUUGCCAGCUUCUUCGGGGUCCGCAGAGAUGCCUGGUAAUUCCAGUGGUGCUAAAUAUGACAUGGAUAUGGCAUAUGAGCGAGCCAGAGUGCAUUUCCCUGAUGAAGCUUUUGCUAGUCCUGUUGUGGGCAAGUCUAUAUUGAAGAAGACUGUGACGGUGACAGAAACUCCUUCAGCGGUUUUCCAUUACACUGAGCAUGAUCUGGCCAUGCCAGAUUCCUGUAGCAGCAAACAACUUGAUGCCAUCUUUGAAGCCGCUAAGAAAGACCUCUUAACCUUGAUGAAACUAGAUAACCCCUCAUUGUUGGAUGACAGAGUGACCCUGCAUCAUGUUACUGCUGGGACUGUGUUGUCAAGGCAGGGAGACCAGGAUGUUAAUAUCCGGUUUGUGAUCUCAGGGAUGCUUCAUGUGUAUCAGCGGAAGAUAGACUCUGAGGAAGACACUUGUCUAUUCAUCACUCAUCCAGGGGAAGUAGUAGGCCAGCUAGCUGUCCUUACUGGGGAACCUCUCAUCUUCACCAUCAAGGCCAAUCGAGAUUGCAGCUUUCUGUCCAUUUCGAAAUCCCAUUUCUAUGAGAUAAUGCGGGACCAGCCAGAUGUAGUCCUGGGGGUGGCCCAUACUGUUGUAAAAAGAAUGUCCUCGUUUGUGAGGCAAAUUGACUUUGCUCUGGACUGGAUGGAAGUUGAGGCUGGACGAGCCGUUUACAGGCAGGGCGACAAGUCCGAUUGUACGUACAUUGUGCUGAAUGGUCGACUUCGCUCUGUCAUCAGGCUGGAUGAUGGGAAAAAACAUCUGACUGGUGAAUAUGGGCGAGGAGACCUAAUUGGAGUGGUAGAGGCAUUAACCCAUCAACCUAGAGCCACAACAGUACAUGCAGUCCGAGAUUCUGAACUGGCCAAGCUACCGGAAGGAGCUCUGACAUCUAUCAAACGCAGAUUCCCCCAGGUUGUGACUCGACUUAUCCAUUUGCUGGGUGAGAAGAUUCUUGGCAGCCUUCAGCAAGGGGGUCAUCCCCUUGGAUUGCACACUGCGAAUAGCAAGUGGGAUGCCGGAAACCCUGCCAGCAACCUCUCCACUGUAGCGAUCAUGCCAGUGUCUGAAGAGGUGCCACUUACUGCCUUUACUUUGGAGCUCAAGCAUGCUGUCAGUGCUGUUGGUCCUGCUUUGCUGCUUACCAGUGAUAAUAUCAAACAGCGGCUUGGUUCUGCUGCCCUAGACAGUAUUCAUGAGUAUCGACUCAGUAGCUGGCUGGGGCAGCAGGAGGAUAUUCAUCGCAUUGUGCUCUACCAGGCAGACAGUACCCUUACUCCAUGGACCCAGCGCUGUAUCCGACAGGCUGACUGCAUCCUGAUCGUUGGACUAGGAGAACAGGAGCCCACUGUUGGAGAGCUGGAAAGGAUGCUGGAGAACACAGCAGUUCGAGCCCAGAAGCAGUUGAUCCUUCUGCACAAGGAGGAUGGUCCCCUUCCUUGCCGAACUGUGGAAUGGCUCAACAUGAGGAGCUGGUGCUCUGCUCAUCUUCACCUCCGCUGUCCUCGUAGAGUCUUUUCCCGAAGGAGCCUGCCCAAGCUGGUAGAAAUGUACGAGCGAGUGUGUCAGAAACCGCCAGACCGUCACUCUGACUUCUCACGACUUGCUCGUGUUCUGACUGGGAAUGCCAUUGCAUUAGUGCUUGGAGGUGGUGGGGCAAGAGGGUGUUCCCAGGUAGGGAUUAUCAGGGCACUGAUUGAAGCAGGCAUCCCAGUGGAUAUGAUUGGAGGAACUUCCAUUGGCGCUUUCAUGAGUGCUCUGUAUGCUGAAGAGCGCAGCUACAAUCAAAUGAGGAUCAAAGCCAGGCAAUGGGCAAUGAAUAUGAAUUCAGUGUUUAAGACCAUUCUGGACUUGACGUAUCCAAUAACCUCCAUGUUCUCUGGAGCUGCUUUUAACAACGGCAUCAGCAAUAUCUUCAAAGAUAAACAGAUAGAGGAUCUUUGGAUUCCUUAUUUCACUAUCACAACGGACAUCACUGCCUCAGCAAUGAGAGUCCAUACAGAUGGGUCUCUUUGGAGGUACGUCCGUGCCAGUAUGUCUCUCUCUGGUUACAUGCCUCCUCUCUGUGAUCCAAAGGAUGGACACCUCUUGAUGGAUGGAGGUUAUAUCAACAAUCUUCCAGCGGAUGUUGCAAGAUCCAUGGGAGCAAAAGUGGUCAUAGCAAUCGAUGUGGGUAGCCGUGAUGAGACAGACCUCACCAACUAUGGCGAUUGUUUAUCCGGCUGGUGGCUGCUGUGGAAGAGAUGGAAUCCCUUGGUUGAGAAAGUGAAGGUGCUGAACAUGGCAGAGAUCCAGACGCGUCUUGCUUAUGUGUGCUGUGUGCGGCAGCUGGAGAUGGUCAAGAGCAGCGACUAUUGCGAGUAUAUCCGACCACCCAUUGACAGAUACAGGACACUGGACUUUGGAAAGUUUGAUGAAAUCUGUGAAGUGGGAUAUCAGCAUGGGAAGACGGUAUUUAAUGUCUGGUGCAGGAGUGGAGUUCUUGACAAGAUGUUAAAAGACAGGGAGGAGAUUUGCAAAUCCAAAACUUCAGACAUUGUGACCUGUACCAGUACCUCUUUCACUGACUUGGCAGAAAUUGUGUCCCGAAUUGAGCCAGUAAAAGCAGCUUUGGUAGAUGAUGAAUCUGAUUAUCAGACUGAGUAUGAGGAAGAAAUUCUAGACAGCCAAAAGGACGAUUAUGUUAAUUUCCUAAGCAGCCAGGUUGAAGAGGACACUGAUUCGGAUGAAGACAUGCAGAUAAGAAAACGCACCAACAUCCCCAAAAAGGAGCGCCAUCCUGACAGCAUGGAGGAACCAAGCUAAUGCCCAUGGGGAGCCAUCCAGGCUAGUGUGCCAUGUGAUGACAUAACUCUAGUUUCACUGACAAUAGCCAUUUUAUUAAGAAAUUGCCUGAUUGAAAUGAAGUGGUUUUUCAUUUUUUUUCAGAUCAGGGUGGUGGGGCUGGAUAUCUGUCCUUAGAGGAAAUAUGCAAUAAAAAGCUCAAGUGCCUUUGUUUUACCCAAGUCCCCAUGCCCAGAGAGACAUUGCACUACAGAGAUUCAAGCUGACUGUUAUACCACACUCUGCUCUUCAAGUGCCAAUGUGUGCUACAAAUCACUAGUUUCUGUGGUGCUGGCAGGAUGAAGGUGCACUCUGGGCAUUGUCUGUGCUUGGAAGUGUAUUCAAAUGUCACUUUGGAUUUCUGCUGCCAUGUGUCCUGUUUGCUCUUUUGGCCUUGCAGGCUUCAGGAAGAGUUGAAUAUGCCUGGAAAGAAUAUGAGCUGCCACUGUGAAGAAGGAUGAGUAUAUGAACAUUCAGGAGAGGGAGGAGUAUUUGAAUAUGUGCUGGAGAGAGGAAUGUUAUUGCUUUCAUCUCACAUGGGCCAGAUAACUAUGUUGUUAACUCUGGAUUUAUUUUACAAUUGGGUGCAUGGGAGUAGUGCUGUGGUAUUAGGGGAAAGAGUCUGUCUGCAUUUCCCUGGAAGACUCAAGAGGAAAGCUAAGUCCUUCAAGUUAGUUAAUCUGAACCUUACUCAUUUGCUUCAGAUGCUAUAUAAUGAAACCAUCUGCAGGAGCAUUUAAUGAUGGUGCAUUUAGUAGCUGUUUGCCAGGCAAUUACAGAGUAGCUACAUGGCUAUAUCUGCCUUGUGAAAUAAAGUGAUACUGCUGAAAUCAAAUGUUUGUGCAUGAUUCUCUGUUUGCAAGAUUUUGUCCUGGAUCAAUGUCAGUUUUGCGGGGUGUGGUAAAAUGCCAACGAGGGUAUGUCAAAUCUAUACGAGUAAAUAUUUUAAAGGCUUCAUCACAGACACCCACUCUUGGCUCAACGUUUCAGGAGUUCCACAGGGCUGCAGCCACCUCCAUGAAAGGUUUUGAGUCCCACGUGUCCAGCAAGGGAUGCUCUGUCAUCAUCCUAGUGGAAGGUUUCGGAGUAUUGGAGAUAUCCAUAAUGCAGCAACAGCCCAAAAAUCUGAAGUCGCUUCUGCUGAUACCUGAAUCAAAAGUGACACCUGCAAUUUGGAAGGCACCUUUGACUUGCAUCCACAGCUGAAGUCAUUUUUAUGUAUAUUUUUAAAUAAAACUAUAGGAAAGAA